AUGGCCGACUUCGAAACCGCAAUCCAGCAAGCUAUUGACGCAGAAGAGAUUCCCGGCUGCGUCCUUCUCGCUACAAAUCGCGAUGGCUCUUUCGAAUACACGAAAACCUUCGGCAGCACGUCCAUGAAGUCUGAGAACGCCAGACCCAUCCAGCUCAAUACUGUGAUGUGGGUAGCAUCCUGCACCAAGCUCAUGACAUCAAUCUGCGCUCUGCAGCUCGUCGAGCGCGGCCAACUAACCCUCGAUGCUCCGGUCUACACUCACAUCCCAGAACUAAAGGACUUCAAGAUUCUCAGAACAUUCGAUAACGAAGGAAAGCCAGUUGAAGUGCAGCACACCAAGCCGAUUACCCUGCGCACGCUCUUGACGCACACGAGUGGCCUAUCCUACGAUGCAAUGCACCCCAAGCUCCUCGCAUGGCUCGCCUACCACUCACGAGAGCCAAGCGUAGGUGCAAAACUGCUGCAACGUUUCGAUGCACCGCUCGUCUUCGAGCCAGGGGAGAGCUGGAUGUAUGGCUCUGGUAUCGACUACGCCGGUUUGCUCAUCGAGCGCGUGACCGGCCUCAGGCUUGAGGAGUAUAUGCGCCAGAAUCUCUGGCAGCCACUCGGGAUCAAAGACAUGACAUUCCAGCUCAAAUCGCGCCCGGACAUGAAAGAAAGGAUGGCGGACAUGAGUACGAGGGAUGAGGAGUCAGGGAAGGUCAGGUACACGGACGCCAAAAUGACUUAUCGGGAUGUGGACGGAGAGGAAGUGCAGGAUUGCAUGGGUGGACAGGGCGUUUUCACUAGUCCAGAGGAGUAUAUCAAGAUCCUGCAUGCUGUUUUGACGACGGACGAGGAUGAGAAGCUGCUAAAGAAGGAUACGCUCAGCGAGUUCUUCACACCACAGUUGAACGAGGGUGCUUCGGCGGCCAUGAAUGCAAUGAUGCAGGACGAUAUGGUGUGUCUAGCGGUAUGA